AUGAGGGCGGCCACUAGAAUACACAAGAAAUGCUCUCGAAGUGUCGAAACCAGACCCUGUGGUUUGAUUUUCAUUGACCCUGAAAUGGGUGUGUCCAAGACUGUCGAGGUGUCAGUACUACCCACUGGAUACCUUUGGCUUCCGGACAGAUGGAUCUUUGCGGAGGGAGAUCAAAAGCUAUCGCACCUCUCCCCAGACUAUAGCUUUCUCAUCCGUCAUCCUUCAGGCAAGAAUGUAUUGUUUGAUCUUGGGAUGCGGAAGGAUUUUGACAACAAUCCUAGAGUCAUCAGAGAAGACUAUUCUACAAUAGAUCCCUAUGUUCCCAAGGACGCCCAUGAUCUGCUAUCAGAAGGACCUGUGAAGCCAGAGGACAUUGACAUUGUCGUCUUGAGCCACAUGCACUUCGAUCAUUCCGGUGACGUGUCGAAGUUUCCUGCCGCUCAAAUUCUCUUAGGACCCGGUACCGUGGACUGCAUCCAGCCAGGAUAUCCGACUCACGACGGCUCACCGUUCGAUGGCACGGUGCUUUCACACUCGGGACGCACUGAAUUGAAGCCGUCUCAGUAUCGGGAUUUCGACGAUGGCAGCGUUCCGAAGUCUUUCCCUUUCACGAAGGGCGUCGACCUCUUCCAGGACGGCUCUUUCUUUAUUCUCGACGCCCCCGGUCAUAUGCCAGGGCACCAGAUGGCAAUGGCCCGGACCGGUCAAGAGGAGUGGGUAGCCAUGGGAGGAGACUGUUGCCAUCAUCGGGAUCUUCUCGACAAUCCGAAACGAAAAAUCAGCGUCGACGUCGGUCCCAACGGACAGCCAGGUUUCCACCAGGAUGCGUCCAAAGCAAGAGCCACAAUCAGCAAAAGUCAGGCUCUACACUGGAAUGAAUCCGUCUAUGUUGUCCUGGCGCACGACGCUCAGAUUGACGGGAUCAUACCUUUAUAUCCCCAGACAUUGAACGGGUGGAGGGAGAACGGCAUGAAAAGCAAGGUCAGAAUGGAAACUUUGACAUUAGAAGAAGUCAAGACCAGAUACCAUUGA